UUGGGUAAUAAGAAGCCACCCACUUAUUUGUGCAGAGUCAAGAGAGUUGGAAGUUUAACCGAAUGGGACGUGAAAUAAUGUCACAGGAUAUUAAUUAAUUUUUCAAGAUUUAUUUAGGGGAUAGUUCGUGGAAAGGGACUGGUUAUGUGCUCCUUAGGGUAAAAGUAGCUGUUGUUGUCUGUCUUUGUGCGCUGACAGUGUGCAAAAGGGAAGUGGGGAAAUCGUGGUGUGGUAGAGAGGGGAGGUAUUUCCUUUGAUUGAUGCUAAGCUAUAUUGCACUCCCAAAUCUACUUAAUAUUAUUUAUUAGUUAUGUUAUUGCACACGAGGCCUGUUUACUCUAAAGCCAUUAUGUUCUUUAGCUCCUGACGUUUUUAAAGUCAUCCAACCUGUCGAUUAACGUUCAUCGACGAUUAAUAUUUUUUGAUCACCGAACUGAAACUCUAAACAGCACUGAGCACUGCAUGUGAAGUUAUUACGCCUAUGGCAUUCUAGUAACAAAUACGUAUUUUGUUUCGGAAUUUAGAAUAUGAAGGACAGCCGCAGAUGUGGGAUGAACAGAUAGGGAAAACCGGGAUUUCCUGUUGGGGGUUUCAUUAGCUCUAGAAUACGUACUGGAUAUAACGAUUUGUAGUUUUCAAGAAUGAAGAAGUUUUCUCGUAUGCCAAAGUCGGAGAGUGGGGGGCUUGGAGCAGGAUCCGGGUCCGGUUCGGGUUCCGGUGUCAGUAGUUACAUUGGACGAGUGUUUGGUGUCGGCCGAUACCAGGUUACGGUGGAAGAACUGAUUGCAGAAGGUGGAUUCUCAGUGGUGUUCCUGGCCCGGACUCAUGGUGGAGUGCGAUGUGCCUUGAAGAGAAUGUAUGUCAAUAAUCUACCUGACCUGAACAUCUGCAAGAGGGAAAUCACUAUCAUGAAAGAACUUUCAGGUCACAAGAAUAUAGUAGGCUACCUGGACUCUGCCAUAAACUCAGUUGGUGAUAGUGUGUGGGAGGUUCUCAUUCUCAUGGAGUAUUGCAAAGCGGGUCAAGUGGUAAAGCAGAUGAAUCAGCGGCUGCAUACUGGUUUCAGUGAAGUGGAAGUCUUGACAAUAUUCUGCGACACCUGUGAGGCUGUUGCCAGGUUACAUCAGUGCAAAACGCCAGUCAUUCAUAGGGACCUGAAGGUUGAAAAUAUACUUUUAAAUGACCAAGGGAACUAUGUCUUGUGUGACUUUGGCAGUGCCACACACAAAGUUCUCCACCCACAUAAAGAUGGAGUUACAACUGUGGAAGAUGAAAUAAAAAAGUACACAACCCUGUCAUACAGAGCUCCAGAAAUGAUUAAUCUUUAUGCAGGGAAGCCAAUCACCACUAAAUCUGAUAUAUGGGCGCUUGGAUGCUUGUUGUACAAGCUUUGUUUCUUCUCACUUCCAUUCGGGGAGAGUCAAGUUGCAAUAUGUGAUGGAACUUUUAUUGUUCCAGAUAAUUCAAAAUUCUCAUUCAAAAUGCACUGCUUAAUUCGUUAUAUGUUAGAGCCAGAUCUAGAGAAAAGACCUGACAUCUAUCAGGUCUCUUAUUUUGCCUUCAAGUUGGCUGGAAAAGAGAACCCUGUGCCAAACCUUUCUAGCUCUCCUCUUCCCUCAGCGCUUCCAGAGCCAAUGACAGCCAGUGAGGUUGCGGCUAAGAAGAGCAUAACUAAAGCCAGAAUAACUGAAUUAGUUGGACCAACAGAAACAUCAAUUGCACCAAGACAAAGACCAAAAGCUGCAAACACCAAUGUACUGCCAAUCCACAAUUCUGUGACUCCUGUGAAAAUGACAGUUCCUUCUGCACCAGUGAGCAAUGGACAAAAAGUUGUGUCAGCACCUAUAAAUGAGCAACCUGUCUCACAUGUUCAAGGGACAAGUCAGCAGCACAGAGUCCUCCAGCAGCUACAGCCAGGAGACCUGCGGCUACAGCAGCUGCAACAACAGCAGCUCCAUCAACAUCAGCAGGCACAGCAACUUCAACACACCUAUCUACAGCAGUAUCAGCAAGCUGUUCAGCAGUCCAUACAGUUGCAGCAGCAACAUAUCCUUCAUCAACAGAUGAUGAUGCAGCCUGUGUUCCAGCAGCAGGCUCAGUAUACAGCAGUGAUGCAGCAAUACCAUCAAGCAUUUGCACAGCAGCCACAUCAUCAGAAUCAUCCCCACCAACAACAGACUCUGUUUCUUACCUCACCUCUGGAGUUCCAGACACCUAUAGGGAAUUUCAGCCCAGCUGUGACAACUCAUGUUGGGACUGUGGCAGUGGAGCCUCUGUUCAGCAAAAUGAGAACUGCUUUAUUGGAUACUGAAGUAGUUGGUACCCCAGAACAGAACGUCAGCAACCCACCAGAUAUGUCUAGCUGGAACCCCUUUGGAGAGGACAAUUUCUCUAAACUAACGGAAGAAGAACUGCUGGACAGGGAAUUUGACCUCCUGAGAGCAAAGAAACCUGAAGAAAGGACAGCAAGUAUUGACUCAAGUUUAGCAAUGCAGCAGACUUCACAAAAAACACUCUCAGAGGAUCUCUUUGGCUCAGUACCAUUUGUUUCUAAUCCAGGUUCCAAUUUAAAAGGGUCAGAGCUGCUAGGUGAAGACUCAGAGGUCCCUGCAGGAAACAGUGCAGUUUCAGUGCAGAAGCAAGAGCUGCCUAGUAAGGAACACAAGGGCGCAAAAAAACCUGGGCAGCCUGGACAACCUUCAAGGAAAGUUGGAGAUGAGUCAGAGAGUGACUUUGAGUCUGAUCCCCCAUCCCCAAAGAGCAGUGAGGAAGAUGAGCAAGAGGACGAGGAGGCUCUGAACAGUGAACAUGGAGAAUUUAUUGAUGACAAUGAUACAGAGCCAGAGAACUUGGGACAGCGGCCCCUGCUCAUGGACUCUGAAGAGGAGGUGGACGAUGAUGAUGAAGACAAGCACAGUUCUGACUCUGAUUAUGAACAGAGCAAAAGAACAUUUCAAGCAGUGAGGCCAGUUGGAGAAAAAGCCCUGCUGAGAACAAACAGUACUAAGAGAGGGGAGUCUGGCACAUCCCUGAUCACUCCCCCAGACUCACCCAAUACGGUGGCUAAAAUUACUCAGGAAGUUGAUGUGUUUGGAGCUGUACCCUUCCUUGGAACUGGGCCAUCAAAGAGUAGAGCUGAAAACACAGACAUCUUUGCUCAAGCACCAUUCAAAACAGUAACUUCAGAACAGGCUAUGGAUGACUUUGAUGUUUUCACCAAAGCUCCUUUCAACCGAAAUUUAUCUAAAACAGGCAAGACAGGAGAUGUUUCCCUUGGUCAGACCCCACCUGUUUCCCCUGACAGUGUUGAUGUAUUUGGUUGUACUCCUUUUCAACCUGGACAUUCAAUGCCAGUCACCAAGAGUAAGGAGGAUAUUUUUGGUCAAGUGCUUCUUGAUGAGGUCCCAACUACCCAACAACAAAAGAUGAAACAACGCAGUCUUCAAAAACUGUCCUCAAGACAAAGGCGAACAAAGCAUGACAUUGGAGGUGGCAAUGGUAAGCGUCAUCACGGAACCCCAACAACUGGUAGGAAGAAUUCAAAGCCAAGUUUCCGCACACCAGAGCGAGUCCGCAGACACAAGAAAGUAGGCAGAAGGGAUUCCCAGAGUAGCAAUGAGUUUCUGAGUACAUCAGAUUCAAAGGAGAAUAUUAGCAUAACUCCUGGUGAUGUGAAAGACAAAGGAGCAUCCUUGCCUACUGAGGAGGCCAUGUUAGACCCAUUUGGUGCAAAGCCAUUCUAUCCACAAGAAAUUGGAAGGCAUCCACAACACCAAGGUUUGGGGGACAACAGAGGAGAUCUGAGCUCAAAUAGUGGUAGACCCAGAUCGAUUUCUGUGCAUGGAGCCUUUCAUAGUGGAGAUGGGAAUAAAACUGAUGACUUUGGUGCUGUACCUUUCACAGAACUAGUUGUUCACAGUGUGAUGCAACAGGCACCACAGGUGGAGCUAGAUCCCUUUGGAGCAGCUCCUUUUCCCACCAAACAAUGAAUAUGUAGUCUUCCAACACUGAAGGUCUAUGGAUUUUGCAAAGCAUAAAAAAAUCUCUGAUGGAUAAAUCCUCCCAGGUGGCAGCUUUGCAAAACUGUGGUUCUUUGUAUUCCAUUAACCAAGGACAUAGAUGCAACUUUUGUAUUUUACUACUUCACUGAACUUUCAGUUUCAAAUGUCUUGUGGCAUACAAGAUUCUAGAUUCUAGUAUGCACUGUUAGUGCAUACCUGUUUUAGUAAAGGAGCUUAUAUGCUGCAUUGUCAUGACAUUAUUUUGGUUCACGGGGCUGCUUUGGACUUGAAGGGACUGAUUUAAAGAAGAAAUUUCCUUUUCUUUAAUAAAUAUAACAAUCUUUUCGUAUGACUGAAAACUUACUGUGACAAAGAGCUAGUUUAAUUAACACAUCCUUUAGUGGCUGUGAAGCUCUAUGUGGUGGCUUCCUGCUUGAUCUACUAAUAAGUUUCAUUUCACACCGCAAAGCCUUAUGGGCAAAGCCCCACCAUGCUGCACAGUACCUCUGAAUUACAAUUACAAGGCCGGAAUUACCAAAACAAUUUUUGUUUUGGCAAAGGCCUUUAAUUUACUAGUCACCUUUUUUUUUACUCAUCAGAUAUUUUUUUUUUAUUUAAACAGCAAGAGGAAAGUUGUAGUGAAAUAUUCCUCAUUUUUGAAAGGCAGAAAGAGGGGGACUCGAUUUUAAGGUGCAUUUUCCCACCAGCUGCAUUUGGUCAAAUAUAGUAUUUAAGAAUUCUUUGUCUUUUUUUUAAUUUCUGUGUGACUUGCAUAACAGGAAUAAACUUCCAUGGUAACCAGAAAAUGUGUGGAAUUAAAUAUUGAUUAACUUUGCUGUGAUGAUCCAUUAAAACAAGGUCAAAUAGCAGUAUUUCUUCCAGUCUAAAUGUGAUACUUCAAAACAUAAUUUAGCAAUAUAAAAUUUAAGAAUAACCAUAUAGUUAAUUGUACAGAUGAAUACUGUUUUAUUAGAUGGAAACUACAGGAAAAAAGACCUAAGUUAAUUCUUUUGUACCUUACAAGAUCGUAAAAUGUAAUUAAUGCUUGGAAAAACAGAGAUGUACAUCAGAAAGGGAAAAUAAGAAAUUAGCUGUAUUCAUUAAAAUUGGCUUGUUGAAAAAAAUAUCAAAUCAAAAAUUUUAUUUUAACUCUAUAAAAAGCAUGUACUUUCUAGAUACAUCUGAUUUUCAUACUUGAAAAACAGCAGGCAUGAGUUUGGCCUGAUUUAAUUGCAUACAUAUUUUAUGUAAAUAGAAUUUACACCGAGAACCUUUAAAGAGUAUUUAACCAUCGUAAGCCUGACUUACAAAGCACGACAAAUGGUCACAUUUUUCCAUCUGAGGAAUUGCUCUGAAUUAAUGCUUCUAUGAGAAAGAAUUUGGCAUUUUUAAAUGUUCUAACUUUUCAUAUUUUUUCUUAUAUUUAUCAUGCUGUUCUGCUGUCUUAUAAUGCAAUAAAAUGUUGAGUUAAUCUGUU